UUAUAAUCAGUUCUUAAACUGGGAAAAAAAAACCUUGAUUGGCGUUUCAUGCGAAAACUAUGUCUAUCUGCUAAAUUUAAAUUAGUUCUUUGACGUAUGGGGUUAUUCUUAGAAAAGCUCAGUCUAAGAUUUCUUGCCCGUUUAUGCUUUAUCUUUUGUAGCAGAUAUACAUCAAUUUUUGCGAAUAAAAUAUAGUGAACAAAUAAAGCAAAGCAGAACAAAACAAAACGAAAACAACAACAAACGACAUCAGCCCCCUUUCUUCUCGCCGAUUUUAGUAUGCAACGCGGACCUAUUUUUGCUCCUGUUGCCCUGGAAAUAAAACACCGCGUUCACGAGCCCGCGAUCCUAACUUCUCGGGAUGUUCCUUUCGCAAAGAAAUACUGAUUUCCUCGUUCCGGUAGCUUUGUGGCUAGAGGCGUAAAGAUGCCACAGGACAGUUUGCUGCAUGUUUAAUAGGGAUGAGCUUGGGAAGUAAUUCACAGACACGUUUACAACGUGGUCAUUUCACCUUGAAGAGUAGCGUCCUUGCACCUACAGCUAUGUCAUACAUGGGACAGGAUUUCAUUGCAAACCACAUGAAGUCUCACUAUAGACGCAUCACCUCUGCAAAAGCUGCUGUUGAUACAUCUCCUCCCAAAUCCAUGAAAACACAUAUAAAAGUUCGUGACCAAAAGAAACGAGCUGCUUUGGAAAGUAGAGCUGGAACUCCGUCAUUGAGGACAAGGAGUCCAUCUGUGGAAUUCUUGUCUUCAACAAAUAAUGAAACCUCAUUUUUAAAUUCAACAAGAAACUGGCAGUCUUCAGAUCGGAGGCAAGCCACAGGUACACCAAUUCAAAGAAGCAUGUCUACACAGUCCCUUGACAGGCAUUACCCUCCUGCAGUUCCUUCUUCCUCACCUAGAGAUUUGCUGAUACAAGAUCGAUCUACACCAGCAUCUGCUCGAAUACUAGCCCGACCACCUAUUUCACCCAUUACAAAAGAACCAAGGCAGAAAACCACAAGAAGAAAUCAUUAUAUAUCAAGACAUGGAAGUAAUCAGGGAACCUUGCAAACUCUUGAUAAAUCUGAACCAAUUGGUUCAGACAAGUUAAAUGGUAACGUCAGCACAUUGUUGACCAGCUAUGAUGAACCUAGUGAUAUGAAAAACCCAGCAACAGCUGCAGGAAACAGUAGUGAUGACAAAAGAUUGACAAGAACUGAUGUUAAAAGUGGGGUGUGGCAAGACUUUGGAAAUUCAAAUAUGUCAAUUAGACAUGAUUAUAGCAUUCCACCUCUUGAUCUAACGGGUGUGCAGUACAGUCACAGAGGACCACCAUCAAUAAGGGCAAGUGAUUCAACUGACUUCAAAGCUAGCAUCUGUAACUGGAAAAAUUCACUGAGAAUGGAAUACUGA